AUGAUAUAUCUCAGUCCUUUUUGGAAGUAUAAAUCUAUUGUAGAUAUCAAUGAGUGUAUGGAAGGAGGGGCUAGAUGUCACAAGGAUGCUGGUUGUUUAAAUAAUAAAGGAUCCUAUAACUGUAUAUGUAGUGGAGAGUUUUAUGGAGAUGGCAAGAACUGUAGAGGUUGGUAUAAAUAA